AAGAGUUCAGAAAGGAUUUUCUGGAGGUUUCUAAUUUUGUGCCUAUUUUUCAGGUGGCUGAAAAUUACUUCUAUGUACCAGACCUAGGGCAAGUACCCGAGAUAGACGUGCCAUCCUAUCUGCCCGACUUGCCUGGCAUUGCUGCAGACCUCAUGUAUAGCGCUGACCUUGGCCCUGGCAUUGCACCGUCUGCUCCUGGGGUUGCUAUACCCGAGCUGCCCACCUUCAGCACCGAACCCACAGAGGUCUUCCGACCAGAUCUUCAAGAGGGGGGACCUCCCCCUCCUCCUCCCCCUCCCCCUCCCCCUCCACCCCCUCCACCUGAAAUUCCUGCUCAUAUCCCACCUCCCCCUCCUCUUCCACAAGCGCCAGCCCCUUCUGAAUCCCAAACGAGGGAAGACAGAAGCAAUACCAUGCCAUCUGCUGCUGUUCAAGGAGCACCAAAAGAAGUUGUGAAUCCAUCCAGUGGCCGGGCCACUCUUCUGGAAUCCAUCCGCCAAGCUGGUGGCAUUGGGAAGGCCAAGCUCCGUAGUGUCAAAGAGAGGAAACUACAAAAGAAAAAGCAGAAGGAGAAGGAGCAAGUGGGAGCUACUGGGCAAGGCGGAGAUCUGAUGUCAGAUCUUUUUAACAAACUGGUCCUCCGGCGCAAAGGCAUCUCAGGCAAAGGGCCAGCAGCUGGUGGAGACAGCAAUGCGCCCAACGUUCCAGCUGGUGCCUUUGGCCGCAUCUCAGACACCAUUCCACCCCUGCCACCCCCACAACAGCCACCUGGGGAAGAGGAUGAAGAUGACUGGGCUUCCUAGAUGACACUUCAGAAGGCAACAUAUGGAGGCUUUGACGGAAGCGCAUCUUGUUAUUUGACAUGUCCAUCCUUUUUUUUUUUUUUUUGGAAUACUUACUACAGUGGAUGGUGCCAUCUUGCCAUUCAAUCCAGAGCAGCAACAUGAAUAUAAUUACGCACACAGAAGAAUCUGCACCGAGCCAUUUGUCUUCAAGGAUGAGAGUGAAUUUCCAUCUUAGAAAGAGCCUCUGUGGUGGAACAUGGCACGUGAAAACGUUUGGCCAUCUGGCAUCUGUAGCAAGACUCAGUUUGCUGUGGGAACUGGAAGGUUUCAGAGGGUACCCAGCCACUGCUGAGAACGGCUUCUGUUUUCUUUCAACUCUCAUACCCCCUUUCAGCUCUGUAAAGAAGGUCAUUUGGCUGUUUGGUGCAAUUAUUAUAUACAAAGAAGCAUUUUACUCUACUGCUUGCUUUGAAUGCCCUAAACGGAAACCUGAAAGAAGCCCAUUUUCACAUCCGUGUGCAAUAAGAACCCAUUUCAAGGGACAAAACUGGAAUGGAGGGUGGUGCAUUAUUAGCUUGCAUAUAGGAAAAUAUAUUCACCUCUUUCACACAAAGGCGCACUUUGCUUUA